AUGGAUUCAAACACCGCGCACAGUCCUGUGUUUAUGGUAUUUCCUCCCGAGGUCACUGUUCCUGAAUUUCACCGUACAGCCACAGUCCAUGAGCCUACCAUGCCCUUUCCAAAAUUACUUACUACAAAAAUUAAAAUCUCUGGGACUAUCCAGAUCCUGCUUGGACUGAUGAACUUUUCUUUUGGAGUUAUAUUUGUUUUCACCUUUGUAAAUCCAUUCCCAAGGUUUCCCUUUAUAUUCGUUACAGGAUAUCCAUUCUGGAGCUCCAUUCUGUUCAUUAAUUCUGGAGCCUGCCUAAUAGCAUUGGAAAGAAAAGGCACAGAAACUCUGGUGAAGAUGAGCCGAACAAUGAAUUGUUUUAGUGUCCUGGCAGCAGCAUUUGGAAUCAUUUUCCUUGCCUUUGGUUUCAUCCUAGAUCAAAACUACCUUUGUGGCUAUUCUGGAGAAGUUAGUCAGUGUCAGGCUGUUAACAUCCUAUUCCUUGGAAUUUUGAGUAUGUUGAUGGCCUUCAGCAUUCUUGAAUUACUCAUUGCUAUGUCUUUCUCAAUUUUCAGUAGACACUUUGACUGUUGUGAUUGUGAGGAAUGGUGUUGA